CUCUAGCUUGACUAAAAUCGCCGCGGUAAAUCACUGUCACCAAAAUAUACUUGACAAAAACUCUUUUGCAUUUUACGACACUCAAAACACGGGAAACUACAUUUUCGUGUAGACAGCAGACGCACUGAGACAAGCGACAGGAGCAGUUGUGUGGUUUGGAAAUCAUGGUCGCUUGACAGUUCGACAAGUUACGAGUACGUUUAAUUUUCAGAAAGCAGGCAACAAUUCAACAUGACAGCUGAUUCUGAAGCAGGGGAGAAGCAACCCGUGGAUUUGGCAGAAAAUGAAAAGACGGAGCAGGAGAAUGAAAAUGCUAACCCAGAAAGUCAUACUGCGCAAGCAGAAAAUCCAACUGCAGAAGAUAAUGGUCCCGAACAGGAGCUGACACCCGAAGUUGAGGCGUUGAAACAAGAACUGGCCAAAAUUUCAGUCACCACUCCAUCAGUAUUACAAAACCCGGAGAUAAUUUUUAAUCCAGAUGAUUUUCCUAACUCGUACAAAUUCAAUCUGCCUAAAGAAAAGUUGGUAUUGCAGUAUGCUGAAAACUUUCGCAGGCAGUAUGUACAUCUCUACCGGGAUCGUAAACCUCUUUUUCUUAACCCUCUUAAUGAGUGCAAUACAGAGAAACUUGUAUCCACAACGAUCCGAACAACUCAGCUUCAGUACCAGGAGCUGUAUGACUGGGAUGGAGCAGCUGACUUUGUAGCAGAUUAUCUCCACAUCAAAACACUCGAGCCUCCGUAUGAUUUGCCUAGGACGCUCUUUUCCCCAGUGACAGUAUUAAAGAGGCAAGAAGGCACAUGUUUUGAGUACAGUACACUGCUAGUGUCUCUCUUAAUCGGAGCUGGCUAUGAUGCACACGUUGUCAGUGGAUAUGCUACCAGGGAGAUCUGCCUUGCUGAUGAAACAAGGGAUAUUUGCCCUUUACUUAAGAAAAAGGCAGAGACGAAAGAGGAGGAAACAACAAAAGAGUGGAAGAAAUACACUGUUAAGCCACCUCGAGAUCUGCGGAGUAAAUUUGAGCUGAAGAUGGAGAAGCGAAAGCAAGAUGAAGAGGCUGCUGAGGCUGCCAAGAGACGUGAAGAAGAGGAAGAAAAACAAGCUGAGCUGGAGAAACCCCCGCCAGACCCUCUCCAUGGACUGAGGAUACACUCAUGGGUGCUGGUAUUGGCUGGUAAACGUGAUGUCCCCGAGAGUUUCUUUAUUGAACCAUUCACUGGGAGGUGUUACCCUCUAGAGGCCAGCUGUUACCUGGGUAUAGAAUCAUUGUGGAAUCAUCAGAACUACUGGGUGAACAUGCAGGACUGCUCUGAAGGUGUUAAGGGAAUGAGUUAUGAUUUGGGAGACUGCACAAAAUGGGAGUUCAUGUUUCCCACAAAUGAGAAACCGUUAUUGCUAAUCCCUGAUCCACACCAUGAGGAGUUUCUGGAUGAAGAUGAGGAGGAAGCUGUAGAUGAUAUAGAGAAGCAUCUAGACAUGCCUCCUUCCUGGGUGGAACCCAUUCAUAUCAGCCUGGAAGAUUUUCAGACAAGAUGUCCAAAAGGGAAGAAAACAAAGUACUACAAGAGAGCCAAGCUGGAGAAGUACGCUUCAUACUUAAACAAAGAUGGAUUGGUGUCCAGGCUGUCAUCAUAUGAGGACCAGGAAUUGAAAGAUCUGGUGUUAGUGAAGGAGUAUUUUGAGCAUCGCAUGGACAAACUGUACACUAGAUGUCACAACCAUCGCACAGGCUGGAUCACAGAGUAUUUCUACCCAGGUCGACCCAGGUGCCUCAAAGAGCACACAUACAGACUGAGUGCUCCCAUGACAGAGAGCGAUCGCACUAUGCUGUUUUACCAUGAGGCUCGCGUAGAUGGCUUGUACAAGCGCCUAGAGUCCCCCACAGAAAUGACUGAGGAAUACAUAGACAGAGAUGACUUCCUGUACUAUAAGUAUGUGGAGUUUGGCAAGCGGCCCAAGAAGUUUGGACCUCAGGAUUCCUCUGCCCUAGCUAAUGCCAGGCCAGUUUUGAAAAUGAUUCAAAGAUUUCACCGCAACAAGUCAAAGUCUGCUCAUGAAGAUGUGGCUGAGUUAGUGUUCUUGGUGUCAGAAGAUCGUAUUCAGUUGACCUACCACACAGAGGAGAAACGCAUAGCUUCGUCCACCCGGGAGUUUAUCAAGCCGGCCAACUGGGAUGAGAAGGGGGCCGCUCUGUCCAUGAGCAAUGACAUGCACACCACAUUUCAGGUUGACCCCAACAGCGCACCUUACAAGCAGGUGGAACAGUAUUUGACAUUACUGGACCUUCUUAAGUCUGAGGAGAAAUCCAAGGAGAGGGUGCGGGAAUCAGAAGAAGAGGUCAGGGAAAUCCUCAAUGACCGAACACGAGAAGAGAACACCUCAGAACUGGAGAUUUCUGUCUAUGACACCCAACGUAAUGAGAAGGCCAAGAAACACCGUAAGGAACUGGAGCGUCUUCAGAAUGAGGAGAGGAUCAGGAAGCAGGAGAUGGAGCUGGAUUACCUGGCCCCCUUCCUGGCUAAGAUUGGAGACCCACCCCGCAUUGCCAAGGAGCAGGCCUUCUCCCUCAAGGAGGACUGUCUGGGAGAUCUCAAAAUGAGGCUGAUAGACAAAGCCAAUCUCAUCCAGUCACGCUUUGAAAGUGAGACACAGGAGUUACAGAAGAAGCAGUCCUGGUACCAGCAGAACCAGGUGUCUAUGUCAAAGGAUGAUGAAGAGGAGUAUCUCAACUACUGCAGCGAGGCCAUGUUCAGAAUCCACAUACUGGAGCUCAGACUUAACAGGCACAAGGAGAUGGCCCCUCAUAAGUACAUGGCCCUGGAGCAGAAACUGAGAGCAGAUCCACGCCUGGCAGAGCAUUUCUAAAUAUUCACCCUACAUGACUGUGGAGUCUCUAACCUCAUGUGAUUGUGACAUCAAAGUGCCUGCUAUGUAACACACAAGACUGGCUGUCUUCAACAUGUGACUGUGAUACAUUUUAAAACAACUCCCAUUUAAAUAUAGACAAUGAUAUUUAAAUUAUGGUAAUAAAGACAUCAGAGGUGUAUUGCAAAAUAAUAUUUAUUGAAUAAAGACAUUGU